CUUGAUCUGCACAAGCCCAGCGGUCUCAAUCCGGAUCCACCAUGGCACCAAACGCAGACUCGACAUCAACGCCUCGCGUCGACGCGAUAUUCUCGUCGCUCAAGACGCCCGACGUCCAAGACAAACGCAGCAGUGUGGUGGAUGAACCGCGUCUCUCCACCUCCUCGUCAGUCACCCGUUCGUCAUGGUUCGGGAAUGUGUUGCAAGUUUUGAUCGUCGGGUGCAUGGUCACGUACACUUACGGUCAACUCUUCUACUUCACCGACACGUAUUCGGAUCUCAGUAAGACAAUCGGACAGUGGUUUGGCGUUCCUCCCGAUGCUCCCAAGGGCAGCGACAUUGGCCACAGCGAGAUGAUCCGGCCGACCUUCUUCUUCCUGUUCUGCUUCCUCCCGAUCGCGGCGUCUCUGGUUUUCCUCGAAUUACUGAAACACUUUAACAUUCGUCGGAUCACGUCCAACUAUCUCCUUAGCUUCACACGCCUACUACGUCGUAAGCCGAGUAUCUUCGGUUGGGUGGCUCGCGUGAGUCUCGGUGAGCUGCUGUUCCUGACCUUCCUGAUUGGCGGUAACGUGUACGUCUUCCACUUUUACUAUGUGGCUCGAGUGGAGAAGAACCGCCAAAGAGGUCGCGAGUUCAACUUUGAAUUAUACCUCGAGAUGGUUGCCCUUACGUUGGGCUUCGUGUGUGUCUACAACAUGGCGUUCCUCUUCCUCCCAGCGACGCGGAACUGCGUCUGGAUGGAGUUCCUCAACAUCUCGUACGCUAACGGUAUCAAGUACCACCGCUGGGUCGGAGUCGUCACGGUCUUGACGGCUCUGUUCCACUGUCUCGGGUACUACUGGUCGUGGAUCCGACAAGAAGAGUGGAAGGAGAACGCCCUACCCUGUUUCGACUGCGACGUUGGCAGUAAAGAGGGACACGAUCCGUGGAUGAAUUUCUUCGGAGAGAUCGCUCUACUGGCCUUCCUGGCCAUCGGACUCACUUCCAUUCCGUGGGUGCGACGCAAAAUGUACAACACGUUCUACAAUGUCCACCACCUCUUCUUGAUCGGCACCAUCUUCGCAGUGUUGCACUGGAACCCGGUUCUUGCGUGGAUCUUCCCUUCGGUCAUGCUGUACACUGUCAGUCGCGCUAUCUCCAGCUCCAAUGGCUUCACCCCUGUGGCUGUACGUGAGUUCACGACGCUGUCUCAUGACGUGGUCAAGGUGGUUCUGUCUCGUUCUACCGCUCCCGCUGGCAACUUCAAGGUAGGGCAAUUUGUCUACCUGAAUGUCCCUACAAUCUCCAAAUUACAGUGGCACGCCUUCACGAUCGCCUCGUCCCCACGUACGAGUCCCGAUACACUGACGAUUCUACUGAAAUCUCUCGGUGACUGGACGGAGGAGCUGGUCAAGUAUUCCGAAGACUGCAAGAAGAACAACGUACUACCGACGAUGUACAUGGACGGCUACUACGGCGCGUCACUCGAGAUGUAUGACGAGUAUUCAACUGUCUGUCUCGUGGGUGGAGGCAUCGGUGUGACCCCGUUACUCUCCAUUCUCGAGGACAUCGUAGCUAAGCUACAGAAGGGCGAAAGUCUGCGUCAAAAAGUCAUAUUUAUCUUCUCCUUCCGAGAGUUGUCGCUACUGGAGGAGAUCCAUCCCGUGCUCAUGCAGAUCAAAGAACUGGACCCGCAGCAGUGCUACUUUAGUCUCCACUUCAGCCUCACGCGUGCCCCGACAACUGGACAGCUUAACGAGCUGAUCGACCGUGAACGUCUCGCUGGGAAGCCCCACGUAUCGGCUACGAAAUACGACGCCAGUGUCACGUCCAAGAAGCCGAGACCAUUCACGGAGCCGCUGCGGACACGUACGAGUAAAGUCAUGAUGUUCGGUGCGUCAUUUCUAGUGACCCUUAUCGUCGUGCUACUCGUCAAAUACGGCAAUAAGGUGCAAGCUGAUGACGAGAAUCUGUGGCCCCUACAGAAUUUUGUCGAGAUUUCUCUCUUGAUCGCGGUGGGGAUGAUCACGGUGUACACGAGUGUGGCUCUGGACAAGAAGACGCACGAUCCCAAGACUAGCACAACCCGUAAUUACGACGUGGUGGAGACUCCUCGUCUCCCGUCUAUUGCCGCGGAUGUCCACACCUUCCAGAACCUCAUUUCCGAGUACAACGUGGACGUCGGACGCCGUCCGGACAUUCCGGAUCUGAUCGAGUCGGCUUUUAUGGAACACCGGGCGUUCCGUAAAGCACAUCCUUCGUCGUCUGCUGCGGGGAAUAAAACAAUUGGCGUCUUCGUUUCUGGCCCCGAGGAACUCAAGAAAGCGGUCGAGUACGCGAUCGAAGAUAUCGGCAGCCAACACUUUGACGUGCAUGAGGAAGAAUUUGAACUUUGAGGUUGGGAUUUUUUUUUUUAAUGUUUUUAGUAGCAGUUUUACAAUUGAUGUUGCAUACACUCCGCGACAGGAUGG